AUGCCUGCUCAUUUGAUCCACAUGCCAAGCAUGAGGCUUGUGAACCAGAACGACGUGUUUAACAUGUACAAGCCUGCAGUCGAGGCCAUCACAGAGGAUGAGCUGAAGAAUUAUUUAGGACUGUCAAGGACUCGGAAGGAGACCUUAAACACAGUGCUCAGGAAUAAGGUCAAAUUUGCGAUGCUCUCUCACUGUUGGCUUGACACCAGAGAACCCACAUUCCAGGGCACAUCAGAGUUACAAGAAGAUAUGUCCAAGAAUCCUGCCGGAUAUCACAAAUUGACCAAAUUUUGUGAGAAGGCAAGAGAGUAUGACUGUCAGUUGGCUUGGUCAGAUACCUGUUGCAUCAAUAAGAACAGCAGCGCAGAACUUGAUGAAGCUAUUCAGGCCAUGUUCAACUGGUACCACAAUGCUGCCAUUUGUAUUGCGUAUCUUGCAAGCUCUUCCAGUGUGUCGGACUUUGCACGGGAGCCUUGGUUCACCAGAGGGUGGACACUGCAGGAGCUCCUUGCACCAGAGAAGAUGAAGUUCUACGGGAAAAAUUGGGAACCCCUCAGCGACAAUCUUGAUGACCAACACCCUAGAGACUUGACUACUCCAUCUGAAGAUGAAAUUUCUAUGCCAGUCACCCCUUCUCAAUCAGAUAUUCUCACUGCCAUCACCCACUUGACAGAGAUUGAACGACAUGAUCUUGUCUCAUUCUCGUGUGGCAUUCACAACGUUCACCAGAAGUUGAGGUGGGCGUCAAGAAGGACGACCACACACAUCGAGGAUAUGGCAUACUCCCUCAUUGGCAUAUUUGAUAUCAGCCUGUCAAUAAUGUAUGGAGAGGGUCAGUGA